AUGGACAUGUUACGGUUAAUGUUCAAUGAAUAUGAAGAAGAAAGACAGAUUUUUCCUGUGGCUCUCGCGGCUACUGCUGCCCCCGGGCUUAUUUCUUACCGAGCUCCUAUUAGUCAUGGAAUCUUCAUUGAUCCAAGACAAGAAGCUAUCACGAAAAGGAAAUGGUCUACGGAUGCUCCUGCUUGGCGAAUUGCAACUAAGGGGUUGAAUCUUGAAGGAAAUUGUACCAACUUUUCCUGCAAAGCCUAUAAUGGCAGUCGAGUUAUCCACAAAUGGGGUAAACGCAACUUUGAUUUCUUUGCGCAAGAGCAUCUUUGCAAGUGUCCUAUCUGCAAUAAAUACGUUCAACCUAUCACCUGCGGAUUUUACGACACUCAGUGGAAGAUCAGUGGCUACAAGAAGGAGAGCGGUAGUGCACCUGUGAAAGUCAAAGGUCAAUGGAAUACUGCUUCCAGCGAUGGAUACACUACCUUCGAUGAUGACCUUACCACGGUCAUUGAUUGGAAGGAACUUAAGAUCGAAGUGAGGUAG